UUAAAAUAUUUUGGUUUUGUUUCUGGAGAAGAAAUGACAUGUUUUCAUUUGACGUGCCGUUGUUUCAUAAACAGUCGUGGACGUUGUUCACUAUAUUCUCCUUUUGCAUGUAUGCGAACGACUUCAAUGUGUGUUCUUUCGAGUUCUGAGGCGAGGGGGGAUGAAUAGGGGUGACGGACGUAAGCGCGUUGGUUGCCUUUACUGGGUGAUUGGUCUUGUAGCUAGCUGGCUAACCAGCGAGAAUGUCAGUGGUUCCUCUUUGGCGUGGUAAUAGUGAUGGUUUUGUGCAUUCAUGUUGGAAGGUAAUGCAUUUGUUGUAAAGGCGUCUACCUAUAAUUGCUUUCAAAUUAGAUGUUGACAGAAGGCGUCCCCUCGCAAGCCAAGAAUCUGCAAGGAGAGGCACAGCUCAAAAUCUAUCAUAAGAGUUCCGUCUGACGGGACAUGUAUUCCCAUUAACACACGCCUCCCAUGCCAGUCUACCGGUUAAAUGAAGAGAUAUGGGCAUACUGAGAGUGGUGGUCUGUACCAUGGGAAGGAUCAGCACCUUUAGAUCUUACCAGUUGAUCCUUCUUCUGGCUGCAGCACUGGCUGUGGUAGCUUUCUACUACUUUGGUUCAGAGAGGCAAAACUUCUCGAGCACAACCAAGCGGAUCAAACAAAGCCAGGCUAGCCACAACGCCAACAGGAACGAUGCUGACCUCACUCUGGACACCAGACUCACCCCGCACACCCACGAACACGACGAGGAGGAGGACGGCGGGGAGGGAGGGGAAGACACAAGCUCGCUGUCGGACCCGCACUUCCACGUUCUCAUGAUGUUCACCAAGAUAGACAAGAGCCGGAGCCUGCAGGAGAAGUUCAGGGUGGCCAUGCUGUCCAUGGUGAAGCAUGGGGACUUCCUCGAGGAAGAGGUGCUGGUGCUCCAUUUUGUGAGUGACCAAGCGAGCCAAGAACUGGGCCAGCGGAUGCUUCAGGAGGUUCUGCUGGACGCAACGUUCCAGUAUGAGGUGGUGUUCCAUGACGUGGUAGAUCUCACCCACAAGCUGUUCCCUAUUGUGGAGGCCAUGCAGAAGCACUUCAGCGCAGGCUCUGGGGCCUACUACAGUGAUGCCAUCUUCUUCCUUUCUGUGGCCAUGCAUCACAUUAUGCCUCAAAGCCUGUCGCGGAUCGUUCAGGUGGACCUGGACCUGAAGUACAGGACCAACAUCAGGGACCUCUUCAAGCAGUUUGACCACUUUCCCCCCGGGGCAGUCCUGGGCAUCACCAGGGAGAUGCAGCCGGUCUACAGACACACCUUCUGGCAGUACCGCAAGGAGAACCCCAAGACCAAGGUGGGAGAACCCCCUCCGGACGGCCUGCCGGGCUUCAACAGCGGCGUGAUGCUCCUGGACCUGAAGGCCAUGCGGGCCUCGGCCCUCUACAACCAGCUCCUGGAGCCCGGGAACGUGGCCAAGCUGGCGGACCAGUACCGCUUCAGGGGCCACCUGGGGGACCAGGACUUCUUCUCCAUGAUCGGCAUGGAGCACCCGCAGCUCUUCUACGCCCUGGCGUGCGGCUGGAACCGGCAGCUGUGCACCUGGUGGCGGGAGCACGGCUACGGGGACGUGUUCCAGCUGUACUACCGCUGCGACGGCCCCGUGUACAUCUUCCACGGGAACUGUAACACGGCCAUCCCGGACGACUGAGGUCUGACCCGCCCCCCCUGACAGGGGAGAGCCUGUUUCCCACCGGCGGUGUAGGUGGUCGCGGUGCUUCCACUUUACCUGCCGGUGGGAUCAGGUCUGAACCCGCUUCGAGAAUGUAAGUAAUGACGAUUGGGGGGAUGGGACAUAGCUACCGCUGCUGUCCUAGAUAAGGACUUCAGAUUCACCCAAACAAACGCCUUGUUUGUUGUGUACUGAACUGCUCCGGUCGUAUCAAGCGGUUGCCUGGCGUUAGUUACGGUAGCUCCACGCCGCGGUUCCAUUUCGACUGUUCUCGUCAAGCUUUAAAUAGCACAGGGAAAUGGACCGGGUUCACGGUGUAAAGCAACGACGGGCCGAAGAGAAUGCUUCAGGCGUCAUGGGUCCAAUUGUCCAUGACCAUUUUGGAGUUUAAAAGAGGCGAAACAAACCUACUCGCACGAACAAACAGACACACGCACACAAACUCUCGGGACGCGCGGGAAGCCUGUUAGACGUUUGACCGACGUCCACUGACCCACUUCUGAGCCCCCUCCCAGUGCCCCCUAAACCGUCCGGAGGAGUCUGGUGGAACUGCCGGCACUCAAGGGCUGGUCGCCCGUCAGACGGAGAGACGGAUCGAGGCGCAGAGAGUAAACACUGCCCUUUGACCAGCUUCUUGUUCCUCUGGCCUCCGUUCAUCUGGUGGAUGGCAGUGUGAGCGCUUCUCCAUAUGCUGCGUUGAAGACACAAACGGUGGAUAACGAUUCUGAUAUAAUUCUCUUUCUUCCAGUCAUUUUAAACCAAUGAAAAGUAUAUGACUGAAAUAAUGAGGGAACGAUUAAUAAUAUAAUGUAACUUAAAGCAUCUGGAUCGAUUUGCUUUCUCCUGACAUUGAUGACGAAGGGUUGUGAAAACAUGUGUAAAUAAAUAUAUGGAGAUAUACUAUACAUAUAUAUAGUUUAUAUACAAGAUCCGGCUUGGGAAACAAGUAACAGCCCCUCAGCAAAAGACAUACUGAGCAAUGCUUCUUUAAGGGUGACUCUCUACUUCUGUUUUAUUUUAUUCCCUUCAUGUUGUUGUUUCUGUACGUGUAACAGUUCUUUCAUUAUUUAUCUUUUCUUUUUUUACCGGUUUUGUUUUUUGAAAAGUUCUUUCAUUAUUCAUCUUAUUAUUUUCUUUCCUUUUUCUUUUUUUUACCGGUUAUGUUUUUGAAAAUAUGUAAUCCUUGAAGAAGUGAAAAUGUAACGUUGUUUUUGCCUUCAGUUGGUUUUAUUCCACAAACCUGUGGUGCUAUUUUUUAAGGAAAGUGCUUAAGUAUGUAUCUCCUGUCAAUUUCAUUGUUUAGACAAUUGAUAUACGUUACAAUGUUCCUGUCUUCAUUCCAAAAACACGUUUUCCAUGAGUAUAGUAUGAUUCCAUACAGUGGUAUGAUUCCAUACAUAGUGCAGUGCAGGAAACUCUAAAAUCCGCCCACAUCGGUUGGCAAAUGUUCAGUUAUUGACUUGUUGUUCAAUGUGUUUGUUUUGUUGUGCUCGGUGUCUCUGCUUCCUGUAAGGCUAGGCAAGAGGAAGCUAUUCUUCAAUAAAUGAUGACUCAUUUUUAUAUAUAUAUAUAUAUA